AUGUCAGAUACUACUACGCCAACCCGAGUACAAUCCGAGAUCGAUCCGGACCCAGCUCAACAUGAUCCGGCAACGACAACGGAGAAAAUCGAAGAACCGACCGUCAAGGAACUAGAUCUGUCUCAUCGGCCAGACGGUGGCUUAGACGCAUGGCUUCAAGUGCUGAGCGCCUGGUGCGUCAUCUUUAGCACCUUCGGACUGGUCAACUGCUUUGGUGUUUACCAAUCAUACUAUGAACAAGUCCUGUUACCAAACAGCUCUUCUUCCUCCAUCUCAUGGGUCGGGUCUAUUCAAGGAUUCCUGCUACUGGCAGGUGGCAUCUUUUCGGGGCCUCUGUUUGAUAUGGGAUAUUUCCGACACCUCCUCUAUAGUGGUCUAUUCCUCAUCAUCUUUGGCCAGUUCAUGACGUCUCUCUGCACAGAGUACUAUCAGGUGCUUUUGGCACAGGGACUCUGCAUUGGACUUGGCUGUGCCUUGACCUUUCCCCCUACGACAGCCGCCCUGUCCCAGUACUUUUCACGCCGAAUCGCAUUGGCAACCGGGUUAGCAUCAUCAGGGUCACCCUUGGCCGGUACUGUGCUGCCCAUCGCAUUCAACCAACUUGUUGACCGACUAGGCUUCGGAUGGGCGACCCGAAUCAUUGCUUUCAUUCUACUUGGCGUCGCAGUUGUUCCUCUCAUGUUCUUCAAGACCAGACUGCCACCCUCGAAGCAUCGCAGAGCCUUGAUCGACAUGUCGGCGUUUACGGACGUGCCAUUCAUGAUUUUUGUAGUCGGCUCAUUUUUCUGCUUCAUGGGCCUCUACAUUCCCUUCUUUUACAUUGAGCUCUUUAGCAUUGAGCACAGCCUGACAAGCGAUGCUUUUGCUCCCUACAUGGUGGCCAUUAUGAACGCAGUCAGUGUCCCUGGUCGUAUCGUGCCGGGCAUCAUUUCGGACUUUAUUGGGUCGCCCACGAUAGUCAUGGGCGGAUGUGCCGCUCUCUCGUGCAUUCUGGCCUUUGCCUGGAUUGGCAUACGGAACCAUGGCGGCAUAAUCGUGUUCGCGGUCCUCUACGGCGGAUUCAGCGGCGGUGUUGUCAGCAGCCAUCCAUCGGGCAUCUUCUCGCUCACUUCGGAUCACACACGAAUGGGAACCCGCUUGGGAAUGGCUUGUUUCGUGGCGGGAGUAGCUCUCUUGAUUGGAACGCCAAUUGCCGGAGCCAUACUGGGAACAGAUGAUAAUGCGAAUGAGGCAAAGUGGGAUGGCUUGAUUGCAUUCUGUGCCAUUUCCAUGUUUCUCGGUGCAUGUCUUGUCUUGACCACCGGGGUGAUGGGCAAGUUGCGACUGCGUCAGAAACUACGGGAUGAAAUCUGA